GCAAAAGAAAUCGUCUGUGCGCCCAGAGUGGCAGUUGUUUGUGUUCCAAGUAUUUUUAAAGGUUUUUCGUUUGAUCCAACAUAAAUCAGACGCGAAAUUAAAAAAAACUUUGAAAGAUGUCCUGCUCAUGGGUGCCUGAAAAUGGAGAUGAAAUUUUAUCCCCCGAGUACGAUGACGAACCAGCAGCCAAGCGUUUCUGUGUGUCCCUCCUCCAACGUAACCACAACCACAACUGCCACCCUGUGAGGACACGAGAGUCAGGGUGGAAAGGCUGGAGUAAGGAAGAAGUAGCGGAGAGAUUGAUUGAUGAAGGCUUGGAUCACGUAGCGGAAAUCUUUAAACGAGAAGGCAUCAAGGGGAAGUUUUUGAAAGAACUGACAAUAAGUGAUUUGGAAGGAAUAGGAAUCUGUACACUUGGAAAUCAGUUAGAAGUGAUGGAGUGUAUAGAGAAGUUAACAAGUCAAGAUACAUCUGUUCAACAGGGAUCCAAGGUUUUCAAUGACCCUAUCCAUGGCCACAUAGAGUUACACCCAUUGUGUGUGAAGAUAAUCGACACCCCACAGUUCCAGAGACUACGCUUCCUCAAGCAGCUUGGAACAUGUUACUUUGUCUACCCCGGAGCAUCGCAUAAUAGAUUUGAGCACUGUCUUGGGGUAUGUUACCUCGCUGGUCGUUUGGUCAGUAGGAUACAACGACAGCAGCCAUAUCUCGGUAUCACCGAUGAGGACGUCUUGUGUGUGCAGAUUGCCGGCUUGUGUCAUGACCUUGGACACGGUCCUUUUUCUCACUUGUUUGAUAACAAGUUCAUACCAGCAGUGUGUCCUGACUCAAAAUGGAAGCAUGAGGAGGCCUCUGUGAAGAUGUUUGAGUAUUUAGUGAGAGAGAACCAGUUAGAGGCAGAGUUCAGGCGCUACAAGCUCACUGACACGGACCAGAUCUUCAUCACGGAGCAGAUCGCUGGUGGCAGUAAGCAUGGAGAGGGAUGGACUAUGAAAGGAAGACCGCAGGAAAAGAGUUAUCUUUAUGAGGUAGUAGCCAACAAGCGCAAUGGAAUCGAUGUUGACAAGUGGGACUACUUCGCGCGUGACUGUCACAUGCUUGGAAUCAAGAACAAUUUCGACCACAACCGAUGCAUUCACUUUGCUAGAGUCCUACAGGUGGAGGGAGAGUUACAAAUUUGUAGCAGAGAUAAGGAGAUCGGCAACAUCUAUGACAUGUUCUACACACGGACCACCCUGCAUAGACGGGCCUAUCAGCACAAGACAACAAAUAUCAUAGAAAACAUGGUUGUAGAAGCCCUGGUGUUGGCCAAUGAUCACAUCAAGCUGAAGGGUGGAGAUGGGAAAAUGCUGAAGAUGUCAGAAGCGAUCCAUGACAUGACUGCUCUCAGUCAGCUGACUGACGACAUCUUCUCUCGCAUUCUCCACUCCCACGAGCCAGAACUGGAAAGAUCGAGAGAAAUCCUACGCAACAUCCUCACUCGCAAGCUGUACAAGUGUGUGAGUCAGAUACAGCCCAAAGGCAACCUUUACAAGGAGGAAGAGAAGCCUGUGAUACUUGCGGAGGUGGUUUCCAAAAUGGACCCAGAUGAACUUGCCAGCUCAGGCAUGACAGCAAACGACAUUGUGCUUCAGUUUGUGAACCUCGAUUAUGGAAUGAAAGAAAAGAAUCCAGUAGACAACGUCAGGUUUUACAGCAAGGAGAAUCCCAAUGUGGCAGUCAUGAUCCGCAAAGAACAGGAGUCGAGCAUGCUACCAGAGAACUUCAAAGAGCAGGUGAUCAGGAUAUACAGCAAGAAGAGGGACCCGCGCUCCUGUAAUAUGGUGAAAGUGGCGUUUGAACAAUGGUGUGCUGCGAAGAACUUCCCUCCUCCAAAGGGUGGGGAUGUCAGUGCCUUGGAGUUGACUCCUGUAGAUAAAGGGAAACAGACCAAUGGGCAGGGGACGUCAAUGCCUAGCAGCACUAUCUAUAGUCGUGAUGAUAAGGAACGAUCCAAGAGGAACCUGUUUGAAUAGAUGUGUUAGUUUGUUAUAAAAGGUGCAUGCUAAAAGAUGGAACUCAACUGGCAGGGGAUAUAAAUUAAGAAAUAAAUGUAAUCUUAUAGAAGCAAGUUAUAAAAGGCUUUAAUGUUUAGUUGCUUAAAACCAAAGAUGCUUUGUCACUGAAAUUAAGUUUUAUUUGGUGGCAAAGUAUUGCUUAUGCUCAUUUAGAUUUGUUAACGAAUUGUCAAUGCUGAAAUCUAGUGUGUUUGUUAAGAAAUUUUGACUGAAUUGAUUAUAGAAAAUGUUUUUACAAGAUUUUUAAUGUUUUCUAUUUGUUGUUAAAAAAAGGUGAAACAUAACCACUUGCCGACUUUGAAAUUGAAAAAAAAGGUCCCAUGCCAUAAAUAAGCCAAGUAAUAUUCUUGUUAAUGUUAAUUUUAUUUGUUCUUUAAAUGAUAUUGUUAUGUCGCAUUUAGUGAAACCAGUGACAUUUUAUGGAAUUAUUUUAAUACCUAGGAAGUGCUGUCUUAACUUAAUUGUUACGUUUGCUGUUAUGGUAGGUUGUUGCUGUGUUGUUGCUGAUAAAGAUUAGAAAAACAUUUAUAAAAAAGAGUGGGUGUUUGUGUGACAUUGUCUGCCUACAUUAGUAUUGUGAUAUUUCGUUGCAAUGAUAACUACUAGUAUUAUUGUGUUUGUCCACAUUUGACUGAAAUAGUGCCAAUAAGUUGCCACAAAAUUGUAUGAUAAUGCAAUUUUGCUUUUAUAAAAAAUGUACUCAUUCAAAGUUCAUUCUUCAUAGUAAGGUUUCAGAAUUUUAUUAUACCCCCACUAAACAAAGUUUAUGGGGGGUAUGUAGGAGUGAGCUUGUCUGUCUGUUGGUCGGUCAGUCGGUCCGUGUCAGCUCUCUUAUUUAAGAAGUGUUCAUCUGAUCUUUACCAAACUUGGUCAGAAGUUGUAUCUAGAUGAUGUCUAGGCCAAGUUCGAACAUGGGCCUUGCCGGGUCAAAAACUAUGUCAUUUGGUCAUUUAGUGCAUUUUAAACAUUGAGCAUGGUGUCCGCUCUCUAAUUCAAGUAGUUUUUAUUGGAUCUUCACCAAACUUGGUCAGAAGUUGUAUGUAGAUGAUGUCUAGGCCAAGUUUCAACAUGGGCCUUGCAGGGUCAAAAACUAGGUCACGUGGUCACUUAGUCCGUUUUAAACAUUGAGCAUGUUGUCAGCUCUCUAAUACAAGUAGUUUUCAUCAGAACUUCACCAUACUUGGUCAGAAGUUGUAUCUAGAUGAUGUCUAGGUCAAGUUCGCAUAUGGGUCAUGCCGAACCAAAAACUAGGUCACUAGGUCACUUAGUACGUUUAACACAUUCAGCAUGGUGUCUGCUCUCUAAUUCAAGUAGUUUUCAUUCAAUCUGCACCCCAAUUGGUCAGAAGUUGUAUCGAGAUGAUGUGUAGGACAAGUUCAAACAUGGGCCAUGCAGGGUCAAAAACCAGGUCGCAGGGUCACUAAGUGCGUUUGUAAACAUUGAGCAUGGUGUCCGCUGUUUUUGUGAAGACAACAUGCAAAAUAGUAUGUGCCAAUGAGGCAUGUGGGGGUAUUCGUCACGUCUGUGACAAAGCUCUAGUUUUUGGAUUGUUUUUAUGUAUACUUGAAAGGGUGGUAAUAUCUUAUAUGUACACAGUGGUAUUAUUAAUAUAUGUUUUAGUAAACUCAUUCUCAAAGGUCAUUUUUAGUUAUAUAUUGUAAGAUUUGAUGCAGUGUUUUUUUGUGUGUACAAUUUCAGGCCAAAAUUCUGCCCAAUCUUCAAUCUCAAAAAGAGAAUACUUUCCCAAAUGAAUGCUUGAAAGUUAGUUGGUUUAUUUUAUUUUUUUCAUUACCACAUUUAGUUCAUUUUCCUAUUUAGCUCUAUAAGUUGAACCUCAGUAAAUAUAAUAUUUUAUAUUAACACUUUUUUAAAUCAAAACACAAUAAUGAUAUCCACUUUAAGCCAAAACGAAGGAAUCUUUCCCAACACAAAUGGUCUCGGUCUCAUUCUCCAAAAGGUUAAAAAAAAACUUACAUUUUACAAGUAUUUCUUUGUUAAUCAAGUUGGCACCAUUUUUAGGUCUGCCAUUGUAUCAAUAUUGUAUGUUUGUGUAAUGUUUUUGCUUUACAAGAGUUUUUGAUUGAUUUUAACUGCUUAUGUUUUCUGUGUGCUAUUUUUUCCCUACCUAUUUCAAUUGUCCAUCUGUUUGUGCAUAUACUAAUUAUUCCCCUACCUGUUUCAAUUGUCCGUCUGUUUGUGCAAUAGAGUGUAUUUUGUUUAAAAGAGACUUACUGUAAAAAAAAUAUUAUAUAAAGCAACAUGUGUGUUACAUUUGUGAUAAGCCUUUAUGGACUGCACAGGCUUAUUUUGGACGACACUUCACUAACAUCAAUUAAUCAUAUUCUGUCCAGAGUAAGACACGUAGGGAUUCAAGUGUAAGAAUUAGUGUAAGACACGUAGGGAUUCAAGUGAAAGAAUAAGUACUUGAGCUAGGUGUAGGGAUUCAAGUGUAAGAAUAAGUACUUGAGUAAGACACGUAGGGAUUCAAGUGUAAGAAUAAGUACUUGAGUAAGACACGUAGGGAUUCAAGUGUAAGAAUAAGUACUUGAGUAAGACACGUAGGGAUUCAAGUGUAAGAAUAAGUACUUGAGUAAGACACGUAGGGAUUCAAGUGUAAGAAUAAGUACUUGAGCUAGGUUGAUGAAGCUUGCAGAGAUCCCAUCUAUACUCAGACAACAUGGUAGGGGACUGCUGUUUUGUCAGUGACAAAUCUCUGGUUGUUUUGAUUUUAUUAAAGUUAUUGUUUCUAACAUGUGAGUGAUUGUUGAAUUUUAAUGUAUUUAUUAAGUUUAAUGAAAAGAAUUCCAUUAAAAAAAUUAUUUUUGAAUUGCAUUAGUGUUAGAUGUAAUGUGAUAGUGAUGCUGUUUUAUACUAAAGAUGCAAAAUUGACACAAAACUUACAAUCUCAAGGGUGCUUAUUGUUUAGAUAAAGAAUUUUGGGCACUAUGGACAUUACAUUUUUAGGGUAGACGAUUUUAGUUUAUUUCAUCAAUAUGGCUUGUUUUACAUAUCUUUUCUUUUUAUUUCAGGUAUUACUACUAACUUCCUUGUACAGUUUUUUAUAUAUUUAUUUUAUCUCAAUUAAUUGACAAUAUUUUGCCUUUAGUGCAUACCUUGACUUGCGGAGCCUUAGUUUGAACUUCAGGAAUUCCCCUACCCUACCUUUGUUCUAUAUUUUAUCUCUAUGUUACUGUUGGAAAUCUGUCAAAUUAACUGCUGCACGAUUUCCAUUUUUUCCAGAUAGCUUUUUUAAUUUUCAGUGAUAUGGGAUUUUAAUGUUAAAAAUAAUGGCAAAUGUUAUCUGCUGUUUCAUGUGUAAUAUUUUGGUUUUGACACACUGCCACCAUUUUGCUGGUCAAAUAUGUUGUAUUAUUUACUUCACUUUUUUUUUAAAGUUUGUUUUAAGUCACUUAGCACUUUCCACUCAGUGUGUGAAAGACAACUUUAUAUGAACAUUUAUCAUAUAUGCAAUAUACAUACAGUUGGUGCUUUAAUUUUUGCGCUUGUAUUUAGUUUAUACCAAACGCAUUUUAUGAAACAAAGUGUUCAGAGCAAAUAUAAGACAUGUGGUAGUUACCCCAAAGACUUAAGAAAAGCAGAGUUAAAUCGUGCGUACUAACACAGAACUGUUGAAAACUACUUCAAAACACCAUAAAAUGGGAAAAAGUCCUCCCUGACUAGCUUGUACAGACUUAAAUAUCUAGGACAACAAUUUUCACACAUACAUUAAGCCCCCCCCCCCCCCCCUCCUUAUGAAAAGCUCACUUUUUUGGAAAUAAUUAUCAAAAUUAUCAUUUCAUGUUUAAAGGGAGGCACUAUUCUUUCUUUAUCAACAUAUACCUGAACUGUUUGAGAAGGUGCUAGGGGUUCAUUAUGUAUAUAAGCUAUUGAAGCAUUUACUGUUGUAUAUUUCUUGGAUUUAAACAAUAAUAAUGGUAUAUUAAAGCCACACACCUUGAAAUGAAAUAUAUGUUAAUCAAUAGACAAUCCCAGAAAUUGAUAACUCCCGGAUACCGCCCCUGAAUACUCGUGCACGCCUCCAAAUUUAAACAGUACUGAAGAAAACAACAGGGACAUAUAUGUUUGUAUAGGUCCCUGAACAAAACAAGAAGGCGAAAAGAUUUUAUCGAAUAUAUUUGAUAAUUUUAAAAGUUUAUGUUAUCGAUCUGAUAAUAACAAUAGUUCGGUGUUUUUUUUAAUGUCAUUUAUUACGUAAGUAGAAGAAAUAAUGUUCAUCUGCAUUCAAUUAAGAUAAAUAAAACUCAGCAUGAACAGGGACCUAUUUGUAUAGGUCCCUGGGGAGAAUAAGGACUUAAUUGUCAUUAAACAUGUUAUUUAAAGAUGACACAUGAUAUGUUAUCUUAAUUACGGUAUCUUCAUAUGUGCAGACAUGUGGUGUCACGGGCAUACCCAUAAACGCUUUAAAUCCACACUUGGGACAUCGCCUUCCAUUGAGUGGAUUCGUUCGCUCCUUUAUCGCUGAUGGUUUUUCUCAAGACCUUUGUCUGGCUGAAAUAAAUCAUCCAUAAUAGUGUUUAAAGGGAGGCAAUCUUGUUUCACUUUCAACAUAUAUCUGAACUGUUUGAAAAGGUAUUUUUGCAAUUGGUUCAUUAUGUAUAUAAGCUAUUAAAGCAAUUACUGUUUGAAUGCAAAAUUCCGUGGCAUUUCUUGAACUUCAACCCUUAUGGUAUAUUAAGUUUGGCUAAAUAUAAAUAUUAAUUAAAUUCCACUCAACAGACAUUUUAUAUAUAUAUAUAAUGUAGUGAUUUUAAUGCAUAUUAAUGUUUUUCAGGUGGUAAAAUGUUUAUAAGGAAUGUCUUCUGUAUAGAUUAACUUUUUUUAAUAUAUAGGGACUAAGCAUUUAAUCAUACUUAUUUAUGGGUUUUUUUCUGUGUAAAAGGUUUUAGUUAAUUUGUGUGAGUGUUGUUAUGCAUUUAUUUUUAUUUUUAAGUUUUACUAUACCAGUGAUUGCUUUGUUUCUUCAUUAAAAUCAUAACAUUUGUUUCUGUAAAUGUAAGUUAUUCCAAAGAUUCCAAUGUGUUUAGAAUUGUUGUUGAUAUUGUACAAUGAAAACUUUUACAAAGUAUUUUUUUAAUGAGUUAAAGGGAAGUGUUUGUAGAUUUUCCAUAUUUUUGAAGAAACCUAGGUAUAUUCGUCCAUUUCUGCAAAAAGAAUCAUUUAGAUUCUAUGUAACCUAAAACAAACAUGAAAAAAGUUAACACAUAAUACCACCAUAAUUGCAUGUACCUAUGCAUACAUUAUUUUAAAUACUUAAGCAUGCAUAAUUGUCCCCUAUUGAAACCAGAAGGGACUUAUGGUUUGCGCUCAGUCUGUCACACUUUUCUGGAUCUUGCGAUAACUUUAAAAGUUCUUCAUAUUUUUUCCUGAAACUUGAAACAUAGAUAGAUGGCAAUAUGGAGAGUAUGCAUGUCAAUUUAUUUUGUUCCUACGUCAAGAAUUCUGGUUGCUAAGGCUACAAAUAUAUAAAAAAAUAUAAAAAAUACUGACUAUGGUGGAGUUUCACUGGUAGGGGACAAUAUUGCUUGGCAAUCUCUUGUAUUAAUUACCUUUGACAAACAUUAUCGUAUCAUGUAAGAUUACUGUAUCUCAGAGUUAAGUUUAAACAUAUUUCAAGCAAUACACAUUGUUUUCUAUACAAUUACAUGUAACGUUUUUACAAUUAUUAUGUUUGAAUAGGAUCAGAUCAGAAGACAAUAUCUCAUAUAGUUCUUACAGUUCUCCAAGUUUGCUGUAAGAGUUUCUCGAUGUAUGUUUUUGACCCUUGGCUAUUCCACCAUUCAUUGUUAUUUUGUUAUUUAGUUAUAGAGUAUACUGAAAAAGUUUGUGCUUAGGAACAUUAUUUUUCUGUCCUAGAAAAACCAUUGUUAAAUUGGUGUAUAAACUAUAUAAUGCUUUAGAAUUGUGAUGGAAAUGAAAUUCUCAAAAACUUUAGUCCCUGUCUUGUUUGAGUAAAAUACUCAUUAUUGAAAUCCACUAUUAUUAUUGAGAUCUAUGUGUUUUUUAGUUUUUUAUACUUACAAGUAGUAUAACCUGCGCGAGUAACAUACAAUGUAUUUUUAUGAAAGUUUACAAAGUGAUGAAUUAUUACAUGGUCUAGAUCUUAUGAAAAUAUUUAUUCUCAGUAUGUAAUACAACAUUUCAUUACACAAUAUAGUUGUUAUAUCUAUGAUUUACAAUUGGUGAAAUAUAAGCAGUUUAUAGAUUUUAUAUAUGUUUAAAUUGUACAUAAUCUAAUCAAGAUAGGAUAAUCAUAAAUAUUAUACAUGCCCAUCUUGUGUCAUUUGCUAAAUGUGAAUUAUUCGUUAUAAUGUGCUUUAUUGAAAAGCAAACAAACAAGUACGCGAUGAAUUAACCUCGACCUUGUGAGCCUCGUUCUGGAAAAACUAGACUUAAUGCAUGUGCGUAAGGAGUCUUCCCAUAUUAUCCUGUGCAGUUUGCACAGGCUAAUCAGGGACAACAUAUUCCUUCUAGAACAGAUUUUCAUUGAGUAGAGACUUUCUUUAAAGGAACAUUCCAAAAAGGGGGAGUGUCAUCGCUAAUAAACCUGUUCAGACAUCAGAGGCUAAUAGGGGACCACACUAGGCGCCUUCACUUAGCCCUGUUUUCCGAGAAUACGGCUUUCAUUAGAAUAUCGCUUGUUAUAGUCAUGACUAUGUAGCCCCCCCCCCCCCCCAUGCUUUAAGAAUCUUAUCCGUCUCCUCGUCUUUACGUUACUUUCUGAAAAUAACUGUUAAUAAACUAUAAAUUCUU